AAAUACUUCAAUGAGUGGAUGUUAAUGAGCAAGACCAACGUGUGAGCGUGAUCACGGCGAGUUGUGUUGAACACGAUCGGAACGAGUUAUCGAACGGCGAGUGAACCGAAGCACGGAAGGGGGCGCAGGUGGCAAAACAUCGCGCAGCGUGCGGGAAAUAGUUUCGAUUGACCUCGUUUGAUGCGGCGGAAAAAGGAAUUGCCUUUUUUUCGGUUGUGAAACUGCGCAACGCCGCCGAUAGCGACGGUUCAGUGGUGGUGGUUUCGUACGUGCAAAAGUGAUCUCUACACUCAGAGUGCCCUGCGCUACGCUGGUGAACGUUCAAUUCGUAUGAUCGUUUCGGUUUUGUUGAAUGAGGGGGAGCCGGGGAGGAAACGUGAAAGCUGAUGCAUAGCGCAAGACUUGUUCCGGUGUAUUGAAAGAAAAAGUGAAGAUUUGCAUUCGACGGCAGCCGAAUCGAAAGCACCACACCCGGCCAGUGAGUGCGACUGUGCAGCGAAAAUGAACCCCACUCGCCAUCGGUUGAUACGCGAGCUGAAUCGAUUAGCGUCGACGUCAGCGGCAUCGUCCGCCCCCUCAGCACCGCAGACCGCAACCCAAAGCCCCGCUACCGUUGCCAGCAGCAAAGCCCAACAGAGCAGCAAAAUCCCCAGCUCUCACUAUGCCACCAGCACCUGUCCGCACAUGAUGGAAGUCGCAUCGGUGGCAGUGGAUACCCGGCUACACCCGACCCAGGCCUAUAUCCAACAGCAGGCUCCACCGACGAUCAAGCUGGAGAAUGCACGGCCCUACUCGGAGGUUCCCGGUCCGAAGCCAUUGCCCAUUCUUGGCAACACCUGGCGCGUUUUCCCCAUCAUCGGUCAGUACAAAAUCUCCGAUGUAGCGAUGAUAUCGUUCCUGCUGCACGAGCACUUCGGCCGGAUAGUGCGUCUGGGGGGUUUGAUCGGACGGCCCGAUCUGCUCUUCGUAUACGACGCUGAUGAAAUCGAAAAGGUCUACCGAAAUGAGGGACCCACACCGUUCCGACCGUCGAUGCCCAGUCUGGUUAAGUACAAGAGCGAGCUGCGGAAAGAUUUCUUUGGCGAUUUGCCCGGCGUGGUUGGAGUUCACGGCGAACCAUGGCGCGAGUUCCGAUCCCGUGUACAGAAACCAGUUCUCCAGCUCUCCACCGUUCGUCGCUACGUCACUCCGCUGGAACAGGUCACCGAAGAGUUCAUCGAUCGAUGCAAUCAAAUGUUGGAUCACAACAAAGAACUGCCGGAUGACUUCGACAACGAAAUCCACAAGUGGUCUCUCGAAUGCAUCGGUCUGGUGGCACUGGACACCCGGCUAGGUUGCUUGGAACCGAAUCUGUCUGAAAAUUCUGAACCCCAGCAGAUCAUCAACGCAGCCAAGUACGCUCUGCGCAACGUAGCUACGCUGGAGUUGAAAGCACCCUACUGGCGGUACUUCCCAACGCCCCUCUGGACCAAAUACGUCAAUAAUAUGGAUUAUUUUGUGAAAGUUUGCAUGAAGUACAUCAAAAAUGCCACGAAGCGUAUGAACUUGGGUGAAGGACGCGCCCUGGACGGUGAGCCUUCCCUGCUGGAGCGAGUUAUCAAGAAUCAAAACGAUGAACGGCUAGCAGUGGUCAUGGCUUUGGAUUUGAUCCUGGUCGGAAUCGAUACCAUCUCGAUGGCGGUUUGCUCAAUCCUUUAUCAACUGGCCACUCGACCUGCCGAGCAACAGAAGGUGUACGAAGAACUUAAGCGAAUCAUGCCUGAUCCGAAGACUCCUCUUACCUACCAGCUGUUGGACCAGGCUCACUACUUGAAAGCAUUUAUCAAGGAGGUUCUGAGGGUGUACAGUACAGUGAUUGGAAAUGGACGAACGCUACAGGAGGACACCGUCAUCUGCGGAUACAGGAUUCCGAAGGGGGUCCAAUGCGUCUUCCCGAACCUGGUGACCGGAACGAUGGAGGAGUACGUAACCGACGCCAAGAGCUUCAAGCCGGAACGCUGGCUGAAGCCCAGCCAGGGUGGAACCGGUGACAAUCUGCACCCGUUCUCAACGCUGCCAUACGGUUACGGAGCGCGGAUGUGCCUCGGGCGCCGCUUUGCCGAUUUGGAGAUGCAAAUUCUGCUGGCUAAGCUGCUCCGCUCGUACAAGCUCGAGUUCCACCACAAGCCGCUGAAGUACGUGGUCACGUUUAUGUACGCGCCUGAGGGAGCCCUCAAGUUCAAGAUGACGCCACGGGAGUGAACCUCAAGAGCGAAACCAUGACCACCAACCUGCUGCUCUCAGCUCCGAGCUGAAAUUCCCGACACGGUGGCGGACGAAUAAAAAAGGACAAACUUUCUUAGAAAUAAGGUUUAUAUUUUCUACGCGUAGAUACGAGUUUAACAAAUUUGCUGUGUACAUAAUCAACUAAUGUAAUUAUUGCUAUCUAUAAUCUAAUAAACAAAUUCUUAAAAAUUA